AACACCCAUUCAUGCCUACUUUUCCACAAACUACUUUCCAGACAAAGCAAAAGCCGAUCAAAAGCCAAUUCUUACAUUGACAAAAUCUUAAGUAGCCAAAAAAAAAACAAAAAUAAAAAAAAACUUAAAUUCUGAUAUUUGGAAUUAUUGAAACCGUAGAAUGAGUGAUUUUAAGGACAUACAUAAAUUAUUUGGGCAACAACAACAACAAAGAUCAAUAAUAGCAAUCCCAGCAAAAUCAGGAACAGAGUCAUCAUCCACAUACACCGGAGCUCUAGGAGGCAGCUCCAAUUCUAUGAGCAACCUUUUCACUGAUCCUUUUCCGGAGAGCGAGUUCCGGUCUUUCUCUGACCUCCUUGCAGGAGCCAUCGCUACGCACCUUCCCGCUACAGGGGAGCUGAACUGGAGUAAUAAUAAUAAAGGAGAGAAUAAUGUUAAUGGUGGUAAUGUUGUUGGUGGUGGAUGUUCCAGGUUUAAGGCAAAUAGGCCGGGGAGCUUGCUUUUGCCACCGGUUACGCCGGCGUUUAAUAUUUCUCCUGGGUUUAGCCCUUCUGCUUUCCUCAGCUCACCUACAUUUCUGAGCCCAUUAGGAAUGUCUCCCCAUCAAACCUUGGCUCACAUAACAGCACAAGCAGCACUCUCUCAAGCUCAUCUCAGCAUUCAACAAGCGGACAUAAAUCAACAUUCAUCAUUAGCGGCUUACCAACCAUCACUCUUCAAUACAUGCACAGCAGCUCGGCAGCCUGUGGUAUCGGAACAUCCGAGCCACGACAGGAGGCCUCAAACAAACUUCCCAGUAGCUGUUGAUAAGCCAGCAGAUGAUGGGUAUAACUGGAGAAAAUAUGGGCAGAAGCAAGUGAAAGGAAGUGAAUACCCGCGAAGCUAUUACAGGUGUACCACUCCUAACUGUCCUGUUAAGAAGAAGGUGGAGCGCUCUUUUGAUGGUCAUAUAACUGAGAUUAUCUACAAGGGUCAACACAACCACGAGCGGCCUCUAACAGGAAGACGAGGUAAAGAUAGCAGUCUGCUGCAGCAGCUAUCUGGUAAUACAUCUGAUGCUCAGUUUGGUAACUCCUUGUGGCCGAGAGACUAUGAUUCUGCUCAAUUACCAACCUCUAUGCAGUUAAAUGGACCAAGUGAUAGUGAAGAAUCUGGUGAAAACUCUGAAUUAAUUGAUGAUGAAGAUUGUAAUCAAGAGCCUAAAGCUAAAAGAAGGAAUGGUGGAGUAGGGCAAUGUGAUGGUGGGUUUACACGCACGACCAUGACUGAGCCCAAAAUUGUGGUGCAGACAAGAAGUGAUGUCGAUCUCUUAGACGAUGGAUACAGGUGGCGCAAGUAUGGUCAGAAAGUUGUCAAAGGAAAUCCUAACCCAAGGAGUUACUAUAAAUGUACGACAGUGGGAUGCAAAGUUCGUAAACAUGUGGAAAGGGCAUCAACAGACCAUAGUGCAGUAAUAACAACCUACGAGGGAAAGCACAAUCAUGACAUUCCGGCUAUAAGAGGAAGCACUAGCAGCAUCACUGCGGCUAACCAGCUAGAGGCAACUCAGAUCAAGUUACACAAUAAUAAUCAUCUUAUUGCUCAGGUCAACUUCGGAGCCAACAACAUUCAAAGACCAAUAACUCUCCGCCUAAAAGAGGAGCAACAUGUUAUUACUAUAAUGGGGUGCAUAUCUUCGAAGCGGUCGGGGUCAUCUCCGGCUGCUGUCGAUGAUUUGGAGGGGGAAAUUCGGGUAAAGAGGUCUACGAGUAGACGUCCGGCGGGGCCCGCUAGGUCUACAAGCAGUAAUGGGACCCAACGUGUAUUUGGGGAGACGCAAUCGAUGCCUGCAAAGAAAUAUAGUAGCAAUAAUGAAGGAGAGGGAUCAGUUGGAUUAGGAGAUGAGGACGGAAAUGAAAGAAAUAGGAAAAAGUUGAAAGGAUCAAAAAGCAAAGGCUCAAAUUCGAAUUUUUCAUUAAGCUUACGAUUCGGAUCAUCUAAGAGUCAGGUUGUUGCCGAGCAUACGGCUGCCGGUUGGCCUGCAUGGCUUACGGCUGUUGCUGGUGAAGCCAUUCAUGGCUGGGUUCCUCUACGUGCCGAUGGUUUUGAGAAAUUAGACAAGAUUGGACAAGGUACUUAUAGUAGUGUGUUCAAAGCACGUGAACAUGCAACGGGAAGAAUAGUGGCCUUAAAGAAGGUGAGAUUCGACAAUUAUCACCCGGAAAGCGUGCGGUUUAUGGCAAGAGAAAUUACAAUUCUAAGGAAACUUGAUCAUCCAAAUAUAAUAAAGCUACAUGGUUUAAUUACCUCGAAAGUGUCGUGUAGUAUAUACCUUGUGUUCGAAUACAUGGAGCAUGAUCUUUCUGGCUUGCUCUCUUGCCCUGACAUAACGUUCACCGAACCUCAGAUAAAGUGCUUUAUGCAACAAGUAUUUUACGGGCUAGAUUAUUGCCAUGGAAAAGGUGUAAUGCAUCGAGACAUAAAGACCUCAAAUAUAUUGCUAAAUAAUGAAGGCAUUUUGAAAUUGGCUGAUUUUGGGUUGGCAAAUUUCUUGAAUACAAAAAACAAGCAGCCUAAGCCUCUUACCAGUCGUGUAGUCACAUUAUGGUAUAGACCUCCUGAAUUGUUACUCGGAUCUACUAAUUAUGGAUCCUACGUAGACAUGUGGAGUGCAGGUUGUGUUUUUGCAGAACUGCUCGUUGGCAAGCCUAUUCUUAAGGGUAAAACCGAGGUUGAGCAAUUGCAUAAAAUCUUCAAACUUUCAGGGUCACCACCAGAAGAGUAUUGGAAUAAAUCUAAGUUGCCUCAUGCCUCUAGGUUUAAACCUCAAACUCCUUAUGAAAGUUCACUCCGGGAGAGGUUAAAAACUUUUCCAGACCAUACUAUCAAUUUAUUAGAGACCCUCUUAUCAAUCGAUCCUAUCAAUCGUGGAAAUGCAGCCUCUGCCUUAAACUCUAAGUUCUUCCAUACAAUGCCUUAUGCAUGUGAUCCAUCAAGCUUGCCAAAGUAUCCUCCUAAUAAGGAGAUUGAUGCCAAAUCUCGAGAAGAUUCACGAAGAAGAAGGGCUGGUAAAAAUCAAGAUUCCUCCUCAUCAUCAAGAAUGAAUAGACGAGGGCGAAAAGGAUUGCCGGAGCAAACCAGUGUUAGCAUGUUAGGAAGACCUGGACAAUUAGAGGAAACUCAGGUGAACAGAAAAUAUGCUCGCCGAAACGGGACGAAUGCACUUGUUACUCAAAUAAGAAAGGGUGAUGAUGAGACGUUAUCAAUGGAUAUGAAGUCAGAUGUUUCUCAAGUAACAAAUGCAUCCCAGGGGGAUAUAAUAUUUGGAGGCAAUUAUAAUGGAAAGGCAACAGCUUUAGCAUUGCCACCUAAAAGAAGAUUAGUUAAUAAUGAUGCUAUAAUAUCUACUUCCAAAAAUCAACAUGCUCAUACUAGUAUUGAUCCAUCCAGUGUAUUGUCCGCAAAUAAGAUGUUAGACCAACCACAAGAUGAUUACGAAGACGUCCAAGAUUCAACCAAGAUGUGAAAG